AUGGGAUUCAGUGUCAGUGAUUUCCCGUUCGUUGUCCGAUCCGAUUCCAGAGACCCGAGGAGCUUUCCGAGUCACGGUGAAGUUUUGGCGUAUCUGCAAGAUUUCGCUAAGGAGUUUGAAAUCGAGGAGAUGAUCCGGUUCGAGACGACGGUUGUGCGUGUUGCUCCGGCGAAGGAAGAAUCGGGAAAUGGAGGAUUUGAAUCAACAGAGAAAGAGAAGAAAGUUGGUCGUGAUGAGAUUUACGAUGCUCUUGUUGUUUGUAAUGGACAUUACACUGAACCUCUUCUCGCUGAAAUUCCUGGGAUAAGUUCUUGGCCAGGGAAAGAGAUGCAUAGCCAUAACUAUCGUAUUCCCGAACCAUUCAAAGAUUUGGUUGUUGUGCGUAUUGGCAACGCUGCAAGUGCUGAAGAUAUAAGCAGGGACAUCGCUAGAGCUGCCAAAGAGGUUCAUGUGGCUUCUGGAUCAAAUGCAGCUGAUACUUAUAUCAAGCAGGCUGCACCGUGGCUCUCCUUCAUCGGGAUAGCUUGGAAGGUUGUGCCGUUCCCUAUGUUUGAGCUGCAAAGCAACUGGAUUGCAGGUGCUUUAUCGGGUCGAAUAACACUUCCUUCAGAGGAAGAUAUGAUGGUGGAAAUCGAAACCUUAUACGCCACACAUGAAGCCCAAGGGAUUCCUAAGCGAUAUACUCACCAUUUGGGCAUUACCCAGUUUGAGUACAAGAAUUGGUUGGCUUCACAAUUUGGGUGCUCAGGAACAGAGGAAUGGAGGAAAGAGACGUAUUUGACGACUGGCGUGAGGAAGAGACGAAUUGGAAAAUCAUCACUUUGUUUCUCAAGCUUACCAAGAUUUCUCUUUGUAUAA